AGAAGAAAGCAUGAAGAGAGGAACCCUCGAAGGCUCCUAAGCAAUAGGAGCUGGGAAGCCAAGGAACAGCACUUACCUGGAGCCCCUGAGACCCUAAGCAUGAUGCCUUUGCCUUCCAAGAAGGACCUUAAGACUGCCAUGGAGGUUUUUGCUGUGUUCCAGUGGGCCCUAAGUGCCUUUAUUAUUGUAAUCACCGUAAUCUUUGUCAACCUCUACCUGGUGGUGUUCACCCCAUACUGGCCUGUCACUGCGCUCAUUCUCACCUGGCUGGCUUUUGACUGGAAGACCCCAGAGCGAGGUGGCCGCCGGCUUGCCUGUGUGAGGAAUUGGUGCCUGUGGAAACAGUAUUGUGAUUACUUUCCCCUCAAGCUUUUGAAGACUCAUGAUAUCUCCCCCAGCCACAACUACAUCCUUGCGUGCCACCCUCAUGGGCUCUUGUCCCACUCAUGCUUUGGCCACUUUGCCACGGACACCUCAGGCUUCUCCAAGAUCUUUCCUGGUAUCACCCCUUAUAUUCUCACACUGGGAGCUUUUUUCUGGGUGCCGUUGCUCAGAGAGUAUGUCAUGUCUUCAGGGGCCUGCUCUGUGAGCCGAGCCUCCAUGGACUUUCUGCUCACACAUAAAGGCACAGGCAACAUGCUGAUUGUGGUGGUUGGUGGCCUGGCUGAAUGCAGAUACAGCCUGCCAGGCUCUACCACCCUGGUCUUGAAGAAUCGGACUGGCUUUGUACGCAUGGCCCUUCAGCAUGGAGUGCCUCUAAUUCCUGCCUAUGCUUUUGGGGAGACAGACCUCUACAAUCAGCACAUUUUCACUCCAGGGGGCUUGGUGAAUUGCUUCCAGAAGUGGGUGCAGCGUAUGGUACACAUCUACCCUUGUGCUUUCUAUGGGCGUGGCUUCACGGAGAACUCCUGGGGCUUACUGCCCUAUGCUCGUCCUGUAACCACUGUUGUUGGGAAGCCUCUACCAUUGCCCAAGAUUGAGAACCCGAGCCAGGAGACUGUGGCUAAAUACCACGUGCUCUAUAUCGAUGCCCUACGCAAACUGUAUGACCAGCAUAAGGCCAAGUUUGGCAUCUCGGAGACCCAGGAACUGGUGAUAGUUUGACAGACAUCGCCAGCAGCUUCUCAGCAGCCUGGCUGGAAGGCACAGAACCUGUGAAAUGGGAGGACAAAAGUCACCUCUGAGCCUCCUGCUCCUGAUUUGGCCAGUCCUCAGUAUGAGGAGGGCUGGCUGUCCAUUUGGCUAUUCUCUAGACCCCUCUUCUUCCUUCAUCUCUCUCCUGCUUCCAGCUCUUCUCUGCUUUUACCUUGGGGCUGCAAGAGAAGUAGACCCAAAAGGCAGGGAAAGCCCUAGGCGAGAGGUAUCCUGAAGUCUCCCUCACCUAUGAUCACUCAGCAGCAGUGCUGAGGAAAACAAUGGACAGAAUAAAAAGCUUCUCUUUGGAUA